UCGUAUAUUCCUACGCCGUCUGACAGCAGCCGCAACCCACGCAAACAAGAAUGCAAUUUUGAUAAAUAAUUUAACAAUAUUCAUUCAUUAUGGAACUUGCAAAAACAGUAUUCGGUGGAAGGGCAACAGAUGGAUACAGCGGCAAAGCAAAUAAAGUGGAGACAUUGUCAGAGGAUGAGGAGGAUAUAGGUGAAGGAUGUACAGAAUCUGUGAGCGUGUCAGCCACAUAUCCAUACAAGGGAUCUUCAGAUUUCAGUCCUACACCAGGAGGGCCCUUCUCAGCACUCACCCCUUCCAUGUGGCCUCAAGACAUAAUGGUGAAACUUGGAAAUCCACCUGAAGAUUCAAAUGGACAGUUGGAUUACCGGUAUGAUGAGUUUGGAUUUAAAGUCGAGGAAGAAGACGGUCCUGAGGAGAACUCAAGUAAGUUAUUGAGCACACCGUUUGUUGAGGAUGCCCAGCACAGGUUGAAGUGGGUCGCUUAUCUCGAGUUUACACAUAAUGAAGAGGUGGAGGAUUUAACCUGGGAUAAGGUGGACAGUCGUUUCCAGAGAACAGAGAAGCUGCGUCAGAUGGCAAGAGCGGGUAUCCCACACUCCCUCAGGCCUCAAAUGUGGAUGAGACUGUCUGGAGCCCUUGAUAAAAAGAAGAAAUCAGACCUUACCUACAAGGACAUUGUGAAAGCAAGCGCUAACGAUCACCUGAUGACCUCCAAACAAAUUGAAAAAGAUCUGUUGCGUACAAUGCCAAGUAAUGCGUGUUACUGUAACAUACACAGUACUGGUAUACCAAGAUUACGCCGCAUCCUGCGUGGUUUAGCAUGGCUGUUUCCAGACAUUGGAUACUGUCAGGGUACUGGAGUGAUUGCAGCUUCCUUGUUGUUGUUCCUUGAAGAAGAAGACACCUUCUGGAUGAUGUGUGCCAUUAUAGAGGACCUUCUCCCUGCGUCAUACUAUUCUAGUACUCUACUUGGUAUUCAGGCUGAUCAGCGCGUUCUUAGACAGCUUAUUACCAGUUACUUACCAGAUACAGAUCUUGUGCUGAAAGAACAUGAUAUAGAGUUAUCCCUGAUAAGCCUGCAUUGGUUCCUGACCCUGUUUGCCAGCGUGGUACACAUGAAGGUUUUACUGAGACUCUGGGAUCUUUUCUUCUAUGACGGAUCUACUACACUCUUCCAGAUGACCAUGGGCAUGUUAAAAAUGAAGGAGAGUGAGUUGAAGACGUUAGACAACUCUGCCCAGAUAUUUAAUGCACUGUCUGAUGUUCCUGGUGAUGUACAGGAUGUGGAUGAGUUAAUAGAGCUUUCAUACAGAGUAUGUGGAUCACUGACAGACAUUGUUGUAGAUACACACAGGCGCAAACAUCUUGCCUACAUUAUGGCAGACCAAGGUGCAAUUGUCAAUCCAGAAUCAGCCAAAAACUUACCAAAACAGCAAUUAAAUAAACGACAUUUGCGGCGAUCAAAGUCACUGAUGUCAUUGUUACUCUGGGGUGAGAAUGACGAUGAUGAAUUUGGUAAAGCAAAGAAUAUACGGCAGACAGAGCUGCUGGUGGAUCUACGAGAAGCCAUACUACAAGUGGCACGACACUUCCAGUCUCUCGAUCCAAAAAAUAUUAAAGUGAACUUACAAGCAGAUUAUUCUAUGGAGAGCCAUGCCAAAGAUCUAGAGAACUAUGUAAAUGUAGCAAGAAAUCGACGGAGAAGAGCGAAGGCCCUGCUCGACUUUGAGAGACAUGAUGACGACGAACUUGGCUUCAGGAAAAAUGACAUUAUUACAAUAAUCUCGAUGAAGGAUGAGCACUGUUGGGUGGGAGAGUUGAAUGGUCUGCGAGGCUGGUUCCCCGCAAAGUUUGUAGAGUUACUUGAUGAGAGGAGUAAAAGUUACUCCCUUGCUGGUGACGAUGGUGUGUCAGAAGCUAUUACAGAUCUAGUCAGGGGCACACUGUGUCCUGCAUUGAAGGCAAUAUUUGAGCAUGGUUUGAAGAGACAUUCACUGCUGGGUAGUAUAUGUCAUCCAUGGCUCUUCAUUGAAGAGGCUGCCUCACAUGAAGUUGAGAAAGAUUUUCAAUCAGUAUAUUCCAGACUUGUACUUUGUAAAACAUUCCGGUUAGAUGAAGAUGGAAAGGUGCUAACCCCAGAAGAAAUUCUAUAUCGGGCUGUUCAGGCUGUUAAUAUCUCCCAUGAUGCUGUACAUGCUCAGAUGGAUGUCAAGCUACGCUCCCUGAUCUGUUGCGGACUCAAUGAGCAAGUUUUACAUCUAUGGUUGGAGACCCUGUGUUCAUGUACAGAUGUGGUAGAAAAGUGGUACCAUCCUUGGUCUUUUAUGCGUAGCCCAGGGUGGGUCCAGAUCAAAUGUGAGCUCAGGUUGAUUUCUCAGUUUGCCUACAAUCUGUCAAUAGACUGGGAGCUACCCAAAAAGACGGAGCCCACAGCUCGACCCCUGAAGGAAGGGGUCAAGGACAUGUUGGUCAAACAUCAUCUAUUCAGCUGGGACUUGUAGCACUGGUGUCUGGGUUGCUUUGUAUGGGAUGGAAAUUUAUAUAUCUAUUCAAUGUAAGGCUAAAUCAAUAAGAUUGUUUCUAGUAAGAAAAGGCUGGUUUGUAGAAAUUACCAAAUCGAUUAGAUCGUUUCUGGUAAGAAAAAGUUAAAUCAUUUAGAUCGUUUCUUGUUGGAAACGUUAAAUAAUGCCCUUUCGUAGUAGCAGAAAUGAAUGAAGAAAAAUAAAUGAAUUGGCUAAAUCUUAAUAAUCAUGUUAUAAACACAAAAGAAAUGCUUGCCUUUGUUUCCGAACUACUAGAUACAUGCAUAAUUAUAUAGCCUUACACAACUAUUCAUUGCUAUCAUCAACCAUUCAUAUUUAAAUAUCUUGACAUGGUAUGUAGAAUUUUCAGAGUGCGGGAUGAGUCCGGUCAGUAUUGCAUUAUGUUUUUAACUCCGACAGUUUGCGUCUGUCAUAUACGCGAAAAAAAAACUUUCAAGAAAAAAAAUCUAUUUUAUAUCACUUGCGCGAUCUCUUUAAUGUAGCCGGCGCAUAUCCACAGAGGGAAUUUCAAACUGGCACACUGUAUCUUUCCAAACAUAGAAAAUUCCUGUUCAAAGUCCUUUUCAAUUGUUCCCAGAUUCGUGGCAGUGUUUUUAUUAAUCAGAGAACAAGGGGCCAAGUGAGGCCCUGGUGAAUGUUGACUGUGACAAAAAUACAUUUUUACGAAAGUGUGGACUUAACAAAAUCAUUCUGCUUUUAAAUGUUCGGCAGGUGUCCGGAUAUUCAGAAAAACUUAAGUUUGUUUAGCAAGCCUGUUCUUUCACUCUUUAGUGAACAUAGACUGUGCAGUAUGGACCUUUUAAUGUAUAGCAGAGUUUUCAAACCUAUUUGGACGGUCCCAUCCCGUUGUAUUUUCACCGAUAAACGAAAUUUGAAUUAUGCAAAACAUUUUAACUGUUGUGUAAUAUCAGUUGUUGACUUAAUUUAUCUUUCUAGUGUAUACAAAAUCAUAUAAUUUAUCUUUCUAGUGUAUACAAAAUCAUCCCAAAUAAUUGUAUUCAGGGAAGGGGGUUGCCACUAGGUGCAGCAAGAUAUCAUUUGUUAUCUUUGAUAAAAUUUCCGUAAUAGAUAGAAGUGAUUUGUGUCAUUCGUGUUCACUGUUACAAUGUUGUGAAAAAUGAAGAAUGCUAUGUAACAAAUACUUUCUUUUUAAGUUUACAAGUCGUGUAGCGUCAAAGGUCACUAAAGACGUAUGUACGGUAGAAGCCAAAUUGAAGAUAUGACUACAAAGGGACGCGAUGUUAUAAUAUUGAAUGCAGUUGUAAUUAACGAUUAUUAUACGACUAACAGCUGUGAUUUAGUUCUUUAUCGUGUAAUGAACAUAAACAUUGAGCACGAAUUUGUGAGAAAAACCUAAGUUCAAACAGUAUAUUUCUAUGUUUCUGAACAAAACACUUGGCAAUGUGUUCUCAACUUUUUUGCUUAAUUAAUUAAUGUAAUGUCUAAAAUAGAUGUAAUUGACAUUGCACGUGUGUAAUUGCCUUGAACCUUGAGCGUCUUACUUCAAAUUCUCUCAGAAUUCAUCACCAACUGUCGCCAAUCCCCACCCACCCACACGAAAUCUCCCCUUUCUAAAUAGUAUGAAAUAAAAGUAAUGAGCCUAAAUAGAAAUUUGGUAAAGCAUUAGCCAUAUUUUUCUACAACAGAUACAUUAUUUGAAAUUUAGCUCCUGUAAAAACGAAAAACAGACAUAUUAUGUCCGCUUAUAAUGUAAAAAUCACAUGGAGAUUGGGUGGAUAUUAAACAGGGAGGAUUUGUAUUGUAUAUCACAAUCAUAAUUAUUUACUGGAAACUACAACAAUUGAAUAAUUAUGAAAUAAACUGCAUCAAGUAAAAACUUUUCUUGUAACGUCUUCAUCAUUUUUUUCACGAAGAAAAGCUGUCGUAUCUGCUGCUUUAUUCAUACAUUGUUACAAAAUUCUCCGGGGCUAUUAUAUCGUCAUUUUAGCUCACCUGAACCAACGGUUGAGAGUUAGCUAUUUGUAUUGGUAGAUGGUACGACAUUCAUCGUCCGUCGUCCACAGUUUUACUGUUAACACAAAAGAGGUAAUGAUUUUGGCUCAGUCUUAAUGAAACUUGGUCAGAAUGACUAAUACUGGGUCAUCUGGGAUCGGAAUCUAGGUCACUACGUCAAGUCAUAGGUAAUCCUUGUUAACACUCUAGAGGAUACCUUUUUUACCUGCUCUUUAUGAAACGUAAUCAGAAUCUAGGUCAAGUUCGAAACUAGGUAUGGGAUCAAAAACUACGUCACUAGAUCAUAUUUCAUAAAAACCUUGUUAACACUCAAAAAGUCACAUUUUCUACAUGUAAUCUGGACAGAACGCUUGUAUUUAUAAAAUCUAGGUCAGGUUCUAAUGUAAAAAACUGGUCUCAAUGUCAAUUCAAAGAAAUCCAUGUUGACACUUUACAGGCUAUUUCUUUUUAUUAGCUCAUCUGUCACGUAGUGACAGGGUGAGCUUUUGUGAUCGCCCUUCGUCCGUCGUCCGUCCGUCCGUCCGUCAACAAUUUCUUGUCUGUUCAAUAGUGGUUUCAUUUAUGAUUUUAUUUUAACCAGACUUGCACACAACUUGUAUCACCAUACGAUCUUGGUUCCUUUCUUGAACUGGCCAGAUCCCAUUAUGAGUUCCAGAGUUAUGGCCCCUGAAAGGGCCAAAAUUAGCUAUUUUGACCUUGUCUACACAAUAGCAGCUUCAUUUAUGAUUUGAUUUUUACUAAACUUGCACACAACUUGUAUCACCAUAAGAUCUUGGUUCCUUUCUUGAACUGGCCAGAUCCCUUUAUGGGUUCCAGAGUUAUGGCCCCUGAAAGGGCCAAAAUUAGCUAUUUUUACCUUGUCUGCACAAUAGCAGCUUUAUUUAUGAUUUGAUUUUUACUAAACUUGCACACAACUUGUAUCACCACAAGAUCUCGGUUCCUUUCUUGAACUGGCCAGGUUCUGUUAUGGGUUCCAGAGUGAUGGUCCUGAAAGGGCCAGAAUUAGCUAUUUUGACCUUGUCUGCACAAUAGCAGCUUCAUUUAUGAUUUGAAUUUAAUCAAACUUGCACAAAACUUGUGUCACCAUAAGAUCUCGGUUUCUUUCUUGAACCGGCCAGAUCCCAUAAUUUGGGUUCAGAGUUAUGGCCCCUGAAAGGGCCAGAAUUAGCUAUUUUGACCUUGUCUGCACAAUAGCAACUUCAUUUAUGAUUUGAUUUUAACCAAACUUGCACACAACUUGUGUCACCAUAAGAUCUAGAUUCCUUUUUAUAUGUCCGGAGGGAUGUAUUAUGUUAUGGCCUCGGUGUCUGUCUGUCUGUCUGUUGGUUAGCAAUUUCCCUUCCGCUCUGUAACUCUUGAACCCCUUGAAGGAUUUCAAAGAAACCUGACACAAAUGUUCACCUCAUCGAAACGAUGUGCAGAGCGCAUGUUUCGGAUGACUCACUUUAAGGUCAAGGUCACGCUUAGGGGUCAAAGGUCAUAUGACUUUUUUUGUGUGUAUAUUGCUCUGCAUUUGCGUUGCAUUGCAGUGUUCUUGUUUUUAUUUUGCAGAUCCUUCUUUUGUUCACUUACAAUAAUUUUUUUGAACUACUUCCCUUUUAUGUUACUAUAAAUAGCUUAUUUAGUAACUUUUUUUAUUAUUGGCCGUAGGGAAAACCGAGACCACUUUUCUGUGGUACAACAUGGAUGGUACCUCCAAUUUUUAGGUGUAUUUUGACAUAUCUGUACCUUUAAGAAAAUUUCAACUAUAUUUUCUCAUGAUUCUUUUAAUUGAUCUUGAUUAUGAUUUUUUUGACCUUCUUGUCCUUAAGUGCAAUGAUAACAGGUGAGCGAUAUAGGGCCAUUAUGGCCCUCUUGUCUGAUCUAUAUUGUUAAGUUCGAAAAUUAUUUAUGUGGGAUCAAAAACUAUAUCACUAGAUUAAGAGGUAAUCUUUACCCAAGCUGCAUGAAACACAGUCAGAAUGUUUGUCUUAUAUAGUCUAUGGAAAUCGAAAUAUAAAAAACUAGAUCAUUAGCAAAUCACAGAACUAGAAUGUUGACGCCCAAAAGACAAGAAUGAAGAGCUCGUUUUUUCUUGACUUCCCCCCCCCCCCGCCCACCAGUGUCACUACUAUUUCAGUCAAGUAAAAAUAAAAGCUAUGAAAUGCGAACCUGUGGUUUGCGUGCAACACUGUCUCAUUGAAACAAACAUUUAUGCCAAAUAAAAAUAAUAGUCUUCCAUGCAUAUGAAAGUUAUGGCCGGGACAAGAUCUGAUGUGACCUUUGACCCCAAAGUGUGACCUUGAUCUUUGGGAUAGGAACCUGGGUUUUCGCGCGACAUCCUGCCUCAUAAGGAAAACAUCCACGCUACAUAUAAACAAGAUUACUCCAUCCAUGUCAAAGUUAUUGUCAGGACAAAAUCGGACGGACGCACUAAUGCACGAACGCACGGGACAGCCAUUUGACGACUAUGCCGAGCUCACCGGGAGCGGGUUCGACAAAAAAGCCUUUCAUACACUCAGGAAAACAUAUUCCAUAAACUGGUCAGAAUGUUUGCCCUUAUGAAAUCAGUGGCGAAUUUGAAACUCGGCCAUCUUUAGUAAAAAAUAAAGUCAUCAGAAACAUCGAUAACACUCUCAAGGCUUAAUAUUUUUCAUGAUCUAUAUGAAACCUUGUCGGUAUGUUUAUCUUUAUAAAAUCUAGCUUGGUCAAAGUUGAAACUCAGAAAGUAGGUCAUUAUAUUAAAUCAUAGAAACACCUCAUUACCAGUCUAUCUAAAAAUUGCAUUUUGUCUUUAUCUUAUCCAUCUUGUUGCAUACUUAACACAAUUGUGACCUUUCAUAAUACAGCUUGUCAUAAUAUGUUUAAGGUCAAAUUGUCAAGGCCAGGUGAGCGACAUAGUACCACCAUUAUCUUCUUGUUUUAAAAGGGGAAUAGAUCAGACAGUAGAAUGUUCAUGCUGAUAUGUACAUUCUAUUUCAACAGUUGUAAUGUAUGCCCUUUUUCAAAAGUACUGAUGAUAUUUUAUAUGAAUGACAUGUAGAGCUAUUCAUGAUUCUGGACAUGUUUGUGAUAUCUGUUAUUUUAUGAAUAUAUUACAUUGUUGUUCAAUCAGAGUACAAGAGAAAUUGAGUAAAAGAGAUUAAAAUGAAAACAUGUAUA